UUAUGAUCGGAAGUUCGUGUCCUCACUUUCCCUUUUCCUCUCUUCUUCUCAGCAGCUUAGUUACACAUUUAUGGUGACGGGAGAGAAUUUGCAUAUUAGAUCACGACUGAAGUAAGCAAGGUAACAUUUGAAUUGGUCUUAUACGGCAAAGGAUAUAAAGGAUUGCCAACAGACUGGCCAUAACCGUGUAAAAGCGUAAAUUACUUAAAGACUAUUCGGCUUCAAAUAUAGUUCAACUUGCAGGCCAAAAGUCAACCGGAAUGGAUGGGAUUGCCCUGCUGGCGGCCGCCGUGGGCGGCGGCGGCGGCGGAGGUCCGGCUCCGUUCCUUCUGAAGACCUAUGACAUGGUGGACGACUCGGCUACCGACGACAUAGUGCAGUGGACUCCAGACGGCCACAGCUUCGUGGUUUGGAACCCUCCCGAAUUUGCGCGGGUUCUCCUCCCGACCUACUUCAAACACAACAAUUUCUCAAGUUUUAUUCGUCAGCUCAACACCUAUGGUUUCCGAAAGAUUGACUCGGAAAGAUGGGAAUUUGCUAAUGAAGAAUUUAUGAGAGGCCAAAAGCAUCUCCUUAAGAAUAUCCACCGCAGAAAACCAAUUCACAGUCAUAGUCAUCCUCCAGGUUCUGCAAUAGAUCCGGAAAGAGCUGCAUUUGAGGAAGAAAUCGAUAAGCUUACUCAUGAGAAGAGCACACUUGAGGCUAACCUCUUAACUUCCAAACAGCA